UUCUUGAAGCCAACAGCUGAUGCUAAAAUCAUCCAACCGUAAACAACUGAAAGUUGAAACAUAACUUCCAUUUCCCGCCAAUGCCAAAUCUGCAAAACCAACUACAAAAAACACAAUUUCCUUUAUUUUCACUGCCCAAAAUUGCUUCUCACACUCACUUCAAUUGGUUCCUCUAUCGAUUCCUCUCCUCCGCCAUAUCCACUGUCACAUGCUUCAAGAGUUGCAAGCGUUUCUCCUUUGAAUUGCUUACCGUCAAGACCACAAAUCCAUGUAUUCCCUUAUCAAGACUUUUGCAGGAAAUCGUCGAUUCUUGCAAUCCGUUUUCCUCUUCAAGAAGCUUCUCCUUUCACCUUCGUGGCUGAAACCAGACAUACUCAUCUUCCCUCCGCUCAUCAAGUCAUGUGCUUAUCUCCCUCAUCCAAAUUUUGGGUUUCUAAUUCAUGGGUAUUUAAUGAAGUGCGGAUUCGGGAAUUGGGUGGGUGUCGGAAAUAGUUUAAUCCGCAUGUAUAUGAAGUUUGGGCAUGUUUGGGAUGCUUACGGUGUGUUUGAAGAAAUGCCCAUUAGAGAUGAAGAUUUGUUUAAUUCUUUAGUUUCCGGUUUUGGGUCAAAUGGGUUUUAUGAUGAGGUGUUGGUUCUCUUUGAACAGAUGCUAGAUGUGGGUUUGUUACCUUCUUUGGAUUCUGCAUUUUAUGUAAUUAUGGCUUGUGGUGAAUUGGGAAACCUGAAAAAGGGAACGUUGGUUCAUGAGUUUCUAAUUGAAAAUGGGUUUGAUAGGAAUGUAUCAAUUUUGAAUUCCUUGAUUUCAAUGUAUAUUAAGAUUGGAAAGAUAGAUUUUGGGAGACGCGUUUUCUGUGACAUGCCGAAAAGAGAUAUAGUGUCUUGGAAUUCGUUGAUUACAGCAUAUGCACGGAAUGGUAAUUGGGCUGAAGCAUUCAACCUUUUCUUAUCCAUGAAAAGUGCUGAAGAUUUGUUUCCAAACCGAAUUACAUUUUUAGGUUUAUUGUUGGCUUGUGGACAAAUUGGGAACCUUGAUCUAGGAAAAAGUAUUCAUGGGCACUUGAUUUGCACAGGAUUAAUUUCUGACCUCCGUCUUGGAACAGCUAUGGUCAAUAUGUAUGCGAAGUGUGAUAGAGUUGAGUGUGCUCAGACCAUAUUUGAAGAGGAAUUAUUUGACAGGAGUUUGGUUUCAUGGAACUCAUUGAUUGCAGGUUAUUCACACAAUGGUUAUGAUCAGAAGGCAACAUUACUCUAUGAAAGAAUGAUUUCAGAGUCAAAUCUGAAACCUGAUGCAGUCACAUUUGCCAAUGUGGUUCCUGCUUAUGCAAGCUUAGCAGAUAUAAGAAGAAUCCAAUCAAUCCACUCAUUCAUUGUAAAGAAAGGCCUUGACAUGGAUGGAGAUGUUGUUCUAGGAACAGCAAUGGUGGAUGCAUAUGGGAAGUGUCUAGAUAUGAAGGCAGCCAAAUCCUUGUUCUCUGGCAUUAAAAAACCAAACACUGCUACAUGGAAUGCAAUGAUUGCAGGGAAUAAUCUGAAUCACCAUGCUGACAAAAGCAUGCUCCUGUUCCUUGAAAUGCUUCAAAGCAAGGUGUUUCCAGAUGCAAUCACAAUGGUCAUGUUAUUUCAAUCCUGUGGUGAAAUCGGAUCACUGAAGGAAGGGACUAUGGUCCAUUGCUAUUGCCUUUCUAAAGGUUUUUCUCCGCACCUUACUGUGGGAAACGCAAUAAUAGACAUGUAUAUGAGAUUUGGUUGUGUGAAAAGUUCACAACUCCUUUUCAAUGAAAUGUCUCUCAAGAAUGUUGUCACAUGGAACACAAUGCUUUUUGGGUAUGUCAAAAUUGGUGACUCUGCCAUGGCCAUGAGAGUUUUCUGCCAGAUGCAGUCAGAAAAUCAGUACAAACCAGAUUCAGUCACAAUGAUCUCAUUCAUUCAGGCCUCUGCAGCUAUUUUGACCAGUUGUGGUGCUGAAAUUGCCCAUGGUUUCAUAUCUAAGCUAGGACUUGACUCUGAAACACUGGUCAUGAAUUCUCUAAUUGAUGCAUAUGCAAAAACUGGUUUUAUAGAAAAGGCAAGAAGCUUGUUUAUGCAGAUGGGUAAUUUGAGGGACCAAAGCUCCUGGAAUAUAAUGAUUGCUGGAUGUGGAAUGAAUGGUCAAGGGAGAGAAGCAUGUGAGCUUGUGUCUCAUAUGGAAGAAGAUGGCUACAGGCCUAAUUCCAUCACAUUUACUUCUUUACUCUCAUCUUGUAGUCAUUCUGGCUUGAUUGAAGAAGGUUGCUGGUACUUUGAUAUGAUGAUGAGAAAGUACAAAAUCGAGCCGGGUUUGGAGCAUUGGACUUGUAUUAUUGACAUGCAUGCACGAGCAGGGAGGUUGGAAGAAGCAUAUCAAUUAAUAGAAAAUGGGCUCCAUCAGAAUUCUGAUGGUGAUGCUUUAUGGGAUUGUGAUGCUGUUUGGGGAGCUCUUCUGAGUGCAUGUAGGAUGAACAUGAACAUGGAGCUUGGUUUGCUUGCUGGAGAAAAACUACUAAAAUUAGCACCUGAUAAUUGUGGUUAUCGGACGUUGCUAUCAAAUUUAUAUGCCUCAGGCAAGAGAUGGGAUGAAAAAGCAAAGUUGAGGAGAGAGUUUGAAGACCGGAGGCUGAUGAAGAAACCAGGUCUCAGUGUGGUAGAAAUGUGAUGGAUUGAUAGCACAUACAAGUGGACAGAUAGAAAUCAUGCUGUUUCAGGUAGACAAAAUAUGGAAAAAAAUAUGCAGAGAACUACAUGGUUUCACCAUGCUUUCUCAGUCUAAAGUAAUGGGUGCAGUGAUCCCUGCGGACAGUUAACUGAAUAUAAUCCUCAGCAUUGGAAAAGCAUGAAGCACAGUGCACCUCUGGAGAAUUGAAGAUGGCUGUUAAGUGGGUCUGGUAUGAGAUUGUCUCCACUAGUGAUGUUGUCAGGAUGGAACCUAUUGAAUUGAAUUAUAGGACACGACAUCAUGCAUGUGUACAACAAAGCUGAUUUAACUCUCAACCAUGCUAUGAUUUUGAUUUCAUCCUUCCACAGUAGUUGGUUGCUGCCAAACUAUAUUGAGCUCAUGCAUGCUCAAAGUUGGUUUGAGACUCUGAAGCAGACCAGUUACUCCUACUGCCACAAUUAACAGUGAUUGGAUCUGGCAGUGCGCCUUGAUGCAAGAGAGUUAAUUUCAAGAUCAUAACUAAGUAUGCAUUCAGAUAUACCCCUUAUUUUCUGCUUCUGAAAACAGAAAAUUUUAUAUGAAACACGAGAAUUCAAGCUUAUAUGUGUUGAAAAGGGUCAACAAAGAUCAUAAUCCUGGGGUUUUAUGUUAAGAAUUUUGUGGAUAAUAUCCCUAUGUUAAUCAAUUGGUGUUGGUCUUCCUGUUUGAACCAACAAAUUUUGUA